AUGAAUAUGUUGGAUGAUGAAGAUGACCAAAGCUUUCACGCUACGCGUGACGGCUACUCCCAUUUGAGCGAUGUCGAAUGGGAUGCGGUUGAACGGAUGGGUUCAACCAUGGGCAUCCAUGCUGUUAGCGUCAUGCUAGAGGCUCUCAAUAGAGAUGCCCAACAUGCUACUAUCGCCAAGUUCAUUCAAAAUGAACUUGACGCUGAACGCGAGAAAGUAGCCUUGCUUCACCAACAAGGUUCUCAACAAGCAGAGUUGUUGAGAGAACAAGGUGCUCAACAGUUUGAACUGUUGAGACAGCAGCAGGCUGCUGCUGGUGGGUCGAUGCAUUCGCGUCGACCCGAGACCUUGAAGAUUGACAUCUCCAAGUAUAGAUUAGACGACGCCAUAAGGGCUCGACGCAUCGACGACGGGGAAAUGCAAGUUGCAUUUGCCCAGUCAAAUCUGGCAGAACGUGCCAAGACUUGGGCUUUGGGGCUCAACUUGCACGACCCAUAUGCGUUUGGGUAG